AUGAAUAAUUCUCAUAUUGACCCUCCACGUGGGGUAUUUACACUACCCAUUACUUGCGAUUUAAAUAAUCCCUUCUGGGAUGUUAUCAAAUCUUCUAAACAUUUUAUACUUCAAAGAACAAGGUCACCGAGCAGUGCAAUCCUUCGAGGUGUUAUCGGUACAAUACAAAAUGUUCUUGAUACGAAGGCUCCUCCCUUUCGAAUACUUUUUCGAUCGGAGGUAAAUGCCCCUUCUUUACAAAUCGCUGUUUCUCAGUCUCAAAAAGGGAUCGAAGAUGCUUGGAAAUGGAUCGAAUACAGUUUAAAUGAUGGUUUGUCAAGACUUGACACUGCCGCUGAAAAAGAAAAUUAUGUUGUAACGAAAAUAAAUUCUUUGGUUACACGACAAGAUAAGGGAACUGAUGAAGUUUCUGAAGAUCAAAAUAUUCGAAAUGCAUCAAGAACCUUUCGGUGGAUGUAUAUAAGUGAAAACUAUUUGGGUUUUCAUUCUUUGAUACUUGGCAUCGAGACAAAAUUGCUUAUAGAAUUAAAAAAUAUUGAAAAUUUGGUUAAAGAAAAAUCUAAGCGUGGAAUGGUUUCUGACUCGAUUAAAGUAAUUACAAAGGAUGGUAAUGAGUAUUUUUUCUCAAAUCUUUUUCAUCGAGACGAAACCUACGGUUUAUUGGUGCAAUUGGCGGGUCUGUCAAUGCAACGAUUAUUAAAAAAUGCUGCCGUAGAAUUGUCGCCAGCAACGUCCAUAUAUGAU